AUGGCAGCGGUGGUGGAUGUAGGCUAUGUGGCCGGCCAUCUAGGGCUGUCCGAGUCGACGGUCUCGACAGCCACAACCGACCCGACCCCCGAGCUCGUCGCGAGCCUCCUCGAAGCCGUCAUUGCGAAGGCACGCGAGUACGAUGAGUUAUAUGCUCAGAAGCUUCAGGUCGACAUCGAGCUCGAAAGCGCACACCACAGCGCCGAAUCGAGAUGCCAGACAUUCAAGGCGACAGCCGACAAGGCCCUGAAGGAUGUCGAGGAGAUUCGCCAGAAGCUCAAAGAAGAAGAAACGAAGCGACAAACGGUCGAGAACGAGCUCCAGUCGCUCAAGUCCCGCGGAUCCGAUCACGACUCCGAGAUCACUACUCUCCGCGACCGCGUCGAGUCCCUACAAUCUUCCAAUCGCGCGAAUAUGGCUUUGCUUGAGUCUCGAAACGCCCGCGAUUCAGAGCUGUCUGAAGAGUUGGCGAAGCAGCACCAGAAGAACGUCCAGCUCCAAAAGGAGAUCACGGCUCUGCAGCAGUCGGUUCAGGCUGCUCAGGCCGCUGUGAGUAGCGCAAAGUACCGAGAGGAGUCACUACAACAACAACUCGAUCUUGCUCGACGCAAUGGCGAAUGGUUCGAGACCGAGCUCAAGACCAAGAGCGAAGAAGCUCUCAAGUACCGCCGCGAGAAGGGCGCUCGGAUCGCCGAAUUACAACGACAAAACGAAGACGCGAAAUCUAGUAUCGAAUCCCUGAAGCGAGGUGAACAACAGCUUCGAGAUCGCCUCGACGCAGCUCAAGCCAAGGCGGAAGAGGCCCUCACCAAGGUCCAGCAACAACAGGAAGCAUUCGCCCGCAGCGAGGAGAGCUACAAGCACGAGAUCGAGAGCAAGCAGCGCGUCGUUGAUAUGACCAACCAACUUGCCGACAGUCACAAGGCCCGUGUGCAGACCCUGGAGGGCGAGAAGGAAGCCUUGAAGGAGAAGCAUGCAAACGAAGUCCGUCGCAUACAGCACGAGCUCGAACGCGAGAGGGAGACUUGCCGUGCCCUGGAGGAACGGGUGACUCAGCUUGAGGGCGAGGUCGACGAGCUUCACGCCCGCGUUGAACAAGGACCCCCACCGGGAUCUGCACCUCAGACACCCCGUAUGAAUGGAUCCCUUCUCGGAAGGCCUGCCUCGCCUUUUGCUACUCCUGCUUCUGCGCGAAACAAGUCCGCCAUCACCGCAACACAGGCUAUCGACGAAUUGUACAAGGUCAAGGGGCAGAUGGCCGGAGAGAAGCGCCGUAAUCAACAACUCGCCGAGGAGCUCGACAAUAUGAUUGCUCUGUUGGAAGCCAAGACACCCGAGAUCGAGGAGCUCCAGAAUGAGGCCGAUACCCUGAGGUCCGAAAUUACUAGGAUGUCCGAACUAUCUCAGUCAAGCUUCGAAGAGCGCGACGCAGCAAAGAAGAGCGCGCGAAAGGCUGAGAGUGCCUUGGCCAACGCUCAGGCCGAGUCCAAGAUCCUCCGCACACAACUUCGUGACCUCAGUACACAGAUCCAGAUGUUGGUCUUCAACAUGCAUGCCCGCGAAAAGGGCUUGGAGCAGCUGACUCGCGAGGAGACGGUCCGCCUGGAGCAACUUUCCCGUGGAGAAAUCGCCGAGGGCGCUCUCAACGACAUGUCGGAUACCCACCAGUUUAUUACCCAGAAGUUCGUCGUCUUCAAGGACAUUCAGGAGCUGCAAGCCAAGAAUCAAGAGCUUCUGAGGGUAACCCGCGAGCUGGCAGAGCAGAUGGAGAGCGAAGAGGCUGUUGCCGCCAAGAGCCAGGCUGUGGAAGAUCACCAAUCGGUUGAGCGACUGCAACAAGAGCUCGCCAACAUGAUUGAAGAGACCAAGUCCCUGAGAUCAACAAUGGAGAGCUUCAAGUCCGAGCGCGACAUGUUCAGACGUCUCCUUCAGCAAAAGGCCUCUGCCGGCGAGCUCGCUUCUAUCCUUGGCUCCGACGACGGCCAGCGCCUCCCCCUCACUAGUAUCGAGACUGAGGAAGGUGACGGCCUGUCCCCACAAGCUGCGCUGCGUAAUCUGCAAGUCGAAUUCGACACUUACCGAAACGACGAGGAAUCCGUCCGUCGCUCCUUGCGGGAGCAGAUUGACAGGCUUUCAAGCGAGAAGAAUUCCCUUCAGGGCGAGGUUGCAAAGAUUACCAGCCAGAUUACCCUUGCCUCCGAGAGAUACGAGAUGCUCCACUCCAAUUUUGUUGCGCUGCAGAGCGAGAACAAGGAGAUUCAGAAGCGCAACCAGACGCUCUCAGAGGACUCCAUUAAGCACGAAAUCCGAACCCAGCAAGUUGCCGAAGAACUCAUCGAUGCCAAGGGCUUGCUCGAGAGCGUUCGAAACGAGGCGGCUAACCUCAAGGCAGAGAAGAAGUUAUGGAAGGACAUCCAGGAUCGUCUCAAUCAAGACAACGAGAGUCUUGUGCAGGAGAAGACGAGACUCAACAAUCUUUUGGCAAGCCAGCAAUCCAUGCAGAACGAGCGUGACAUUUCUGAGUCUGAGUACAGGCGGAAAGCUCAGUCCAAGAUCGACAAUCUUGAACAAGAGCUGAACAGCACGAAGCGCAAGCUGUCUGAUGAAAUGGAAGAAGGCAAGAAGCUUCAGCUCAGGAAGGAGUUCGAUGCUCGCGAAGCCCAGAAGCGCAUCGAUGAGCUCUCUACCAGUCUGAGCCAGAUUCGCGAGGAGCACGUCGCUGUUAAGACCAGCCGCGACCACCUGCAAGCUCGCGUUGAUGAGCUCACCAUCGAACUUCGCAAUGCGGAAGACAGAGCUGGUCGCCUGGCGCCCCGGCCAACGCCAAGGCCCGGCACGAUGGCACCUCCUACCCAGACUGACCAAGACAGCGAGGCCGAGGUUCGCGAGUUAAUCAAUGAGGUUUCCGACCUCAAGAGGGAGCUUGACAUCGCCAAGUCUCAGCUCGAGAAUGCCAGGGAACAGACAGAGCAAUACAAGCAACUCAGCGAACAAAAUGAAGAAGCUCUUACCGAAUUCACAACCACCACAGAGCAAUUCAGGGAGGAGAUGGAUGCUGCGUUCGCGGCCAAGGACGCCAAGAUUAAGGAGUUGGAGCAGCGUGUUGAAGAUCUGUCAUCGGAACUCGCUAGCUCCAACAAGGAACUGUCCCACCUCCGCGACUCCCAAGCCGAAGUUGCCCGCAAGUACGAGGAUGAGAAGACGAUUCUAGACGAGGAAGUGAAGCGUUUGAAGGAAGAAGCGGACCGCCACUCAGAAGCCGCCAAGUUCCACCAACAGGACCUUCGUGCUCAGUCAGAGAUCACCGCCAAGGCUCAACAGGACUACGAACACGAACUUGUCAAGCACGCCGAGGCUGCGAAGCUCGUCCAACAGUUGCGCACCGAGUACAACGAGCUCAAGAGCCAGACGGCGACUCUGAGAGCCGAGGCGGAGUCGGCCAAAGUUGCCCUGUCUCAAAGUGAAAGUUCCUGGGAAGAGAGGAAACAGCGAAUCGAGCAGGAAAUGUCAGAAAUCAAGGCUCGCCGCGAUGAUGUCAACGCACAGAACAAGCUUCUGCACGAGCAGCUGGAGAGCAUCACGAAGCAAUUCUCUGCGCUCAAGGAGGGUCGCAAUGCGGCGGCCGGGGACGCCAACGAUAGCGCGGAAACUAGCAGCGACGGUGCAGCCGACGGUCUUCGGGAACUCAACAAUUAUCUAAGACGGGAGAAGGAGAUCUUGGAGGUGCAGUACGACCUCAAGGUGCAGGAAUCCAAACGCCUGCAGCAACAGCUCGAAUACUCCCAAUCCCAGCUCGAUGAGGCUCGGUUGAAGCUCGACCAGGAGAGACGCUCACAAGCUGAGAGCGGCCAAGCCUCUAUUGCCCACAAGGAUCUGAUGGAUAAACUCAACGAACUCAACCUUUACCGUGAGAGCAGUGCCACCCUCCGCAACGAGCUCGCCCACGCCCGGACGCAAAUCUCCGAGAAGAACACCAGGAUCGAGGAAUUGGAAGGCAAGGUACAGCCUCUGGAGGCUAGGAUCGAGGAACUCCAGACUCAAAAGGGCUUCCUCGAGGAAGAAAUCAAGCAAGUUCAGGAGGACCGCGACAGGUGGCAGAAGCGAACCGAGGGCAUCCUGACAAAGUACGGCCGCGUUGAUCCCGCCGAGAUGGAGCAACUCAAGCAGACCAUCAAUGAUCUGCAGGCCGAGCGCGACGCUCUCAAAGAGUCUGAAGGCCCUCUGCGAGCAGAGUUCGAGGAGAUCAAGCAGACAUUGGAGACGGAGAGGACCAAUUGGGCGAACGCUCGCCAACGCAUGACCGAUCAGUUCAAAGAGCGGUCACGUAAGAUCACUGGCGAGAAGAAUGAGGCAAUUGGUGCACGGAACGAGGCGGUCACGGAGAAGGACGCCGCGAUUGCUGAGCGUGAACAACUGCAGCAGCAACUCAACUCUAUGAACACCGAGCUCGAGACAACAAGACAGAAUUUGCAGACGACAACACAGCAGCGUGCGGAGUUUGAGCAGCAAGUCAAGAACUUCCAGCAACAGGUACAAAGGCUACAGCAGGAUGCUCAAGCCAACCAAUCUAGCGCGCCACCUCCUGCCGCUCAACCCACGACAGACGGGUCUCCACCAGUAUCUUCGGAAGUAGUCGCCCAGUUGGAGCAGCAACUCGCCGAGAUGCGAACCCAAUUGGAAGCCAUCUCAGCCCAAAAGACGACCGCCGAGCAGGAGCUUGAGGCCCUGCGAUCGCAACUGCAGACAGCCGUCUCCGAGAGAGACCAGGCUGUCGAGGCUGCACAGCAGGCUGCCCAGGCGCAGCUUCAGCCCGCCGCCCAGUCGACGGCGGAGCCUGUUGCCACAAACGGCGCGAGUGGCUUAUCCGACACUGAGCGGAAGGCUUUGGAGGAGAAGAUUGCUACCGCCGAAGCCAAGGCUACAGAGGCUGACCGCAAGGCGAAGGAGCUCGAAGAGAACAUCACCCAGACCAUCAAGGAGCGGUCUGAUAAGAUGCGCAACACACUCAAUGAGAAGCUACGCCAGUCUCGCGAGAAGAUGGAAGCCGAGUUCGCCACGAGGGUAGAGCAAGAAAAGGUCAUUUGGAAGGCUGAGCAGCAAGGCGCCGCACCUGCUAAGCCUGCGGGAGAACAACCGGCUGUGCCUGCGACGCCCAUCAAGCAGCAAGACCCGGACGCAGCUCCGGCAACGCCAAUGACCGGUACACCUGCUGGUGCUGCGGAUCUAUCUCAACUCCCCGAUGCCGAGAUUCGGAAGUUCCUUUCUACCAAUGCUACCGUGCGGAACAUUAUGUCGGGAAAUCUUAGAAAGAAACUCGAGGAACAGACUGCCAAGGUCAAGAACGAGACAGAGACGAGUAUGAGGGCCGAGUUCGAGCAGAGAAUCGCAAACGCUCGCGAGGAAGGUCAGCUGCUGGCACAGAAGAAGUCUGCGCUGCAGAUCAACAUGAAGGACAAUCAGCUCAGAGGUGCCAACGCCAAGAUCGAAGUCGUGUCCACGGCCGCAACAAAGACACCUCAAAGACCCGUUGGGGAAGUUUGGGAGGAAGCUAAAGUUGCCAAACCAGCUCCCGCCGCGCCGCAGCAAAGCCCGGCGAAGCUCGCUGGCAACGCACAACCCGCCGCACCCCGUCCUUCGAUCUCGGCGCCCUCAGCUGCCACACCAGCCCAAGCUGCUGCCCCGACACCUGCCCCACCAGCCUCAACCAACCAAGCACAACCAUCAACCGGGGCUGCUACUAGCGGAAUCCCUGCGCCGGGCAGUAGCAUCCCUCAGAAGAGACAAAUACCUACUCCUGGGGAUACCAAGCCGGCAGCCAACAAUGCUGCAGCGAACCCGUUCGCGGCCGGUGCUGCUAAUGGCACUCCGGCCCAGGCCAACCCGUUCUCACAGAGUACACAAGGACAGCAGCAGCAGCAAACACCACAACAGCAACAGAACCCCUUCGCUUCCAGUACACAAGGGGCACCGGCGGGUCAGACCGCACCGCAAGGUCAUGGGCUACCGCAACCACCGGCUCAGGCUGCUCCAGGCCAAAGGAGUGGCAUCCCUCUUCCAGGACGAGGCGGUGCAGCUGGUCGUGGUCGUGGUGGCGCUUACGCUGCCGGAAAUAGGGUGUCAAGCGGAGGUGCAGAGAGAGGUGGUCUAGCAGGACGUGGCGGACGUGGUGGUGGCCGAGGAGGACAAAAUGCCGGCUCGUUGAACCCUGGUGCCAACGAUUUCCAGCCUGGUAACAAGCGGCCUAGAGGAGAUUCCGAGGCCGGCGGAAAUGCUGGUGCGAAGCGAGCCAGAGGAGGUGGACACUGA